AUGGUCCGGCGGCGAAACGGUCGCGGCGAAUGGUCCGGCGGCGAAACGGUCGCGGCGAAUGGUCCGGCGGCGAAAAAGUCCGCGGCGAAAAAGUCAGCGGCGAAACGGUCCGGCGGCGAAACGGUCGCGGCGAAUGGUCCGGCGGCGAAACGGUCGCGGCGAAUGGUCCGGCGGCGAAACGGUCGCGGCGAAUGGUCCGGCGGCGAAAAAGUCCGCGGCGAAAAAGUCAGCGGCGAAACGGUGCGGCGGCGAAACGGUCCGCGGCGAAAUGGUACAGCGUCGAAACGGUCUGCGGCGAAAUGGUCUGCGGCGAAACGGUCGCGGCGAAACGGUCGCGGCGAAUUGGUCGCGGCGAAAUGUCCUAGACCCGUG